GGGGACCCGGAGCGGGAAGAUGGCGGCGGCGCAGGAGGCGGACGGGACCGGCAGCGCCGUGGUGGCGGCCGGGGGCGGCAGCUCCGGUCAGGUGACCAGCAAUGGCAGCAUUGGGAGGGACCCACCGGCGGAGACCCAACCCCAGAACCCACCACCCCAGCCGGCACCCAACGCCUGGCAGGUCAUCAAAGGCGUGCUGUUCAGGAUCUUCAUCAUCUGGGCCAUCAGCAGCUGGUUCCGCAGAGGGCCGGCCCCUCAGGACCAAGCGGGCCCUGGAGGAGCCCCGCGCGUCGCCAGCCGCAACCUGUUCCCCAAAGACACUUUAAUGAACCUGCACGUAUACAUCUCGGAGCACGAGCACUUUACAGAUUUCAAUGCCACCUCAGCGCUCUUCUGGGAGCAGCAUGACCUGGUAUAUGGUGACUGGACCAGUGGCGAGAACUCCGAUGGCUGCUACGAGCACUUUGCUGAGCUCGACAUCCCGCAGAGUGUCCAGCAGAAUGGCUCCAUCUACAUACAUGUCUACUUCACCAAGAGUGGCUUCCACCCAGACCCCCGGCAGAAGGCCCUGUACCGCCGGCUUGCCACAGUGCACAUGUCCCGCAUGAUCAACAAGUAUAAGCGCAGAAGAUUCCAGAAAACAAAGAACCUUCUCACAGGAGAGACAGAAGCAGACCCAGAGAUGAUCAAGAGGGCCGAGGACUUCGGGCCUGUGGAGGUGAUCUCCCAUUGGCACCCCAACAUCACCAUCAACAUCGUAGAUGACCACACGCCAUGGGUGAAGGGCAGUGUGCCGCCUCCCCUGGACCAGUACGUGAAGUUUGAUGCCGUGAGCGGUGACUACUACCCCAUCAUCUACUUCAACGACUACUGGAACCUGCAGAAGGACUACUACCCCAUUAACGAGAGCCUGGCCAGCCUGCCACUACGCGUCUCCUUCUGUCCACUCUCACUGUGGCGUUGGCAGCUCUACGCCGCCCAGAGCACCAAGUCGCCCUGGAACUUCCUGGGUGAUGAGCUGUAUGAACAGUCAGAUGAGGAGCAGGACUCAGUGAAGGUCGCCCUGCUGGAGACCAACCCCUACCUGCUGGCACUCACCAUCAUUGUGUCCAUCGUCCACAGUGUCUUUGAGUUUCUAGCCUUCAAGAAUGAUAUCCAGUUCUGGAAUAGUCGGCAGUCCCUGGAGGGGCUCUCUGUGCGCUCUGUCUUCUUCGGUGUGUUCCAAUCUUUUGUGGUUCUGCUCUACAUCCUGGACAAUGAGACCAACUUUGUGGUUCAGGUCAGCGUCUUCAUUGGGGUCCUUAUUGACCUCUGGAAGAUUACCAAGGUCAUGGAUGUCCGGCUGGACCGGGAGCACAGGGUGGCAGGAAUCUUCCCCUGUCCGACAUUCAAAGACAAGUCCACAUAUAUCGAGUCCUCCACCAAAGUAUAUGAUGACAUGGCUUUCCGGUACCUGUCGUGGAUCCUCUUCCCGCUCCUGGGCUGCUAUGCCGUCUACAGCCUCCUGUACUUGGAGCACAAGGGCUGGUACUCGUGGGUGCUCAGCAUGCUCUACGGCUUUCUGCUGACCUUCGGCUUCAUCACCAUGACCCCCCAGCUAUUCAUCAACUAUAAGCUCAAGUCUGUGGCCCACCUGCCAUGGCGCAUGCUCACUUACAAGGCCCUCAACACUUUCAUCGAUGACCUGUUUGCCUUUGUCAUCAAGAUGCCUGUCAUGUACCGGAUCGGAUGCCUGCGGGAUGACGUGGUAUUCUUCAUCUACCUCUAUCAACGGUGGAUCUACCGCGUCGACCCCACCCGUGUGAACGAGUUUGGCAUGAGUGGAGAGGACGUCACAGCAGCUGUCCCUGUGCCCCAGGCCUCCACGACAGCGGGGGCCCUCACAUCUGCACCUGCCACCUCAGCCAGCGAGGAGGCUACCACAUCUGAGCCCCAGGAAGCCCCUCCAAAGCCAGCAGAGGACAAGAAAAAGGAUUAACCACCAUGGUCCUCCUUGUCCACACUGGCUCCUGGUGACCACACCCUGCCACUCCGGCCCCCUUGCCUCCCUUCCCUGUGGCCCUUUCCUUGGACAGAUUGGGCCAGGUGGUAGGAGGUCCCCUCGAGCCAGGGCCCAGCGUGUGAUGUGGGGGCCAAGGCAGGCCAGGCUCGCUGUUCGUGGAGGUGCCAUCUGUCCUUCUGUCCCUGUGUGUUUCCAGCCAUCUUGCCCUGCCCCCCAGCACCACUGGGAAUCAUGGUGACGCUGACUUGGCGCUGGGAGGGACUGGGCUGGGGAGGGGCCAGGGCCGCAGUGGGAUGCCUGCGGUCAUCUGUCAUCUUGUCCCUUGUCCCCGACCCCCUCCUCCCAGGCCACCACCCUUAACACAGUCUGGAUUUAAUAAAUUCAUAUGGGUGUUUAACUUAA